AUGAUUGCUCAACUCAUUACUGUCACAAUCAUCUUCGUACACACCAACGCGGAAGGACGCCAUGUUGAUCUUCAUAAUCACCGGCUGAGGAAGGUACCAACCAACAUCACGUCAACAAUAGCAAGCUUGGACUUGAGCGACAACCUGCUGAAAACCAUACCCAAUGACUCCUUCAUCAACCUGAGCGCCUUGACCAGUCUGGAUCUGUCAGGUAACCGGCUGGAGAAGUUAGAACCGUCAGCUUUCAGGGGAUUGUCAAGGCUCUCCACUCUCAGACUGAGUGAAAAUAAUCUGCUUCUUACUUAUGAAGCUUACCCUGUUGGUGUUUUCAGACCCCUGCAAAAGUUAGAGGCUUUGGCAUUAGAAAAGAAUCUUCGGAACCCAUAUUCAGAAAUCGGUAGAUAUCCCGAGCAAAUCUUUAAUGGUCUCAGUUCUCUGAAAGAAUUGAGAAUCGACGGCCUGAGAAAUGUCUCUUUUGGAUCCGGUUUUUUGCAUCUGUCUUCACUGAAGUCUCUGCAUGUAAUUGACAAUACUAUGCAGGUCACACUCAACACACACACUUUCGCUGUGUUUGCAAACAUGUCCAUUGAAACUUUGAGGAUAGUGUGCUUAGGCAUGGAACCAGGGACGUUAAAACAUUUCCCGUUUUUAACAACAUUGAACAUGCGUACCGAUGGAUUAGGAAGAACCUUAUCUGCUCUAGUGGAUCUCCGAUGGCGGAAUCUGACAUCACUCUCUAUCGUGGGGACAAACAAGAAUAGAGGGGGCAGACUUAAUCCAGAAAACCUCAUCCUUACUGCCAACAUGACUGCUCACCUGGAUACAAUGUGUUAUGAGGCGUUUGUAGCGUAUAAUUACCACAACUACCAGUGGGCCUGCAUUGUUCUGAGAAACGUCCUAGAGAAUGAGAACAAUUACACUCUGUGCCUCCAUGAUCGUGAUUUCCCCGUGGGUGUCAGCAUACAACAGAACAUUGUGGACGCCGUCAACAACAGUCGGAAGGUCAUCCUGGUGAUCAGCAGAGCCUUCCUGACCAGUGACUGGUGUGAGUUUGAAAUUCAAAUGGCGGGCAUGCGCAUGGUGAGAGAUGGUCGUGAGAACGCCAUUAUUGUGAUCAUGAUGGAAGAGAUCCCUGUGGCAGAAAUGCCAAGAUCGCUACUAAAUCUGUGGAAACACAUCACAUUUCUGUUGUGGGAUAACGAACAAGUUGACGAGCCGGUAUUCUGGGACAGGUUACUUGAGGUGAUGGCGCGUCCAUAG